CAAACACAUGCACUACUGUAUUUUACUUGAAAGGCUCCAGUCAUGAUCACAGCUCACUAGUGUUUGUGUGGUUCAUCCUGUUGACUUCAAGAGAACUACUCUAUUUCUACCGAGUAUUAAUCUUUAUUUGUACUUUUUACCUACACCAUCAGUCACACAUUCAGAGGAAGUGCAAUGGUUCCCUUACUGCUGAUACUGCUGGUGCCUGAACUGCUAGCUGACCAAGUUUGUUUCAACAUUUCAGAUAGUGACAUGAAUAUCAACACAACAACUAUAAACAUCACUGAUAGCCGACUUGGAGGUGUGACAUGCAUGAAAGAUAGAUUUCACUGCAUCUUUCAGUGCGAGUUCAGCAAUAUGACAUGGUUCAGUGGAUCAUCUAUUUGUUUCAACGCCAGAGUGACAAGAAUUCCAGAACGUCUGACCACGUUUUAUAGCAUAGAAGCAUAUGGUAAUUGCUCUUCAUACGGAUGCAUGGAGGAUGCCAUUGUGCCACUGAUGGAGUCUCUGAAUAGAAAAAGCUCUGACAAGGGUGAACUUAAUGAACUCUUCUUCAUAAGGCAAUCAUGUAGACAGCUCUUCAGUAGCAACCAUAGAGUCAAGAAGACCUUCAUAAAUGUGGAAAGACGGAUAAUCCAUAACAUCAUGGAAACAUCUAACCUCAUGCCUGGAACCUCCAUGAUAUACAACCUGAAGGACUUGUCUCUGAAUGUGGUUAACAUCAGCGAGACUGACCUCAGCCCUGCAGGAACCGACUUGAUCCCAAUAGAAGCUCCACAGCUGCUGGCUGAGAACGGGUCAACUGUCCCUGAGAUUUUGCUGCCUGUGUACGCCCUGCGCGACAUCCCACAGGAGGAGAGGAUCGUUGGUUUGGUCAGCUACAUGCAACCCAGCCAGUUCCAAUUUGAACAGGAGGUUAUCUCAUCAAUGGUUAUCAGGAUAGAACUACUUAACGAAAGACGGCUUCAUGAUCUGACAACACCAGUCCAGAUGAUUUUCAGAGUUACUGCACCCAGAGAUAUGGAUAAUGAUUCACGGUUCCAGUGUUGCUAUUUUGAUGAACACGAUUGGGGCUGGAAAUCAGAUGGAUGUGAGACAUUGGAUUAUAGGGAAAGUAACAUUACUUGUAACUGCAAGCAUACAACACCGUUCUCAGUCCUGUUGAUAAAACAACCAAUUGCAGAAGCCCACUGGAAAAUACUGUCAUACAUCAGUUACAUAGGUUGUGGCUUGUCUGCCUUCUUCACUGCUUUGUCCCUCCUGAUGUACGUCUUCAGUCGAAAACACCAAAUGGAUUACUCUUUUGCUAUUCAUGCAUCCCUGAGCGGAGCUUUAUUUCUGCUCAACUCAACCUUCCUUCUGACUGAGUGGGGGUCCAGGGUGGGGCUGGACUGGGUGUGUGUAUUUGUUGCAGCUGUCUUGCAUUACUCCUUACUCUGCUGUUUCACUUGGAUGGCUAUUGAGGCACUUCACCUCUAUCUACUGCUGAUAAAGGUGUUUAACACCUAUUACAAACACUACCUGGUCAAACUCUCCCUUGUUGGAUGGGGGAUCCCUGGUGUAAUUGUGACAGUCUCUUUAGGAAUGAAAGACUUCAAACAGUUUUAUGGAGUUACACAAAUGACCAUGACUGAUACUAACCAAACUAAUGCCAUCUGCUGGAUCACAGAUGACUCCUUCUUCUACUCCUUGAACCUGGUGUAUUUCAUCUUUAUAUUCGUCUUCAACUCUGGCAUAUUGGUGGCAGUGGCCUCCAGGAUCUGUAAGAUGAAACAAGUGUUCAGGAGCACCUCAAAGCUCGGAACAGAGACUCAGGGAAAGACUUGGAAAGACUCCAAGAGGUUCAGUGAUUCUUGCAAGAGUGGCCUCACUGUGCUGGGUCUUACCUGCCUGAUGGGGACCACAUGGGGCCUGGCCUUCCUGGGUUCAGGAUACGUCAACUACCCCGUUCUCUACCUUUUCUGUAUCCUCAACUCUGCACAAGGUUUCUUCAUCUUCAUUUGGGUCUGUCAGUCAGCCAGGAAGCAGAGGAGGAGAGACAUGGAGGAAAGAAUGACUUCAACUCCUACGUCAUCAGGAAUCAAAUCUGACUAGACCCUCAUUCCUUCCUGUCAUUAGUUCUAAUGAUAAAAUCUGUAUAUACUGACUGUGAUUACAUAACUCCCCUGAUAAUCCCCCUCCAUGUAACCAUAGCAAUAGUAACCUGGAAACAUGAAGUCUUGCCAAACUUAAGUUGAAAAUUCAUUUAACUGUAAACUUUUAAUUUAACAUUUUAGAAACAUUUCCUGUGUGAUCUCUAAAUUUUAUUCACAUAAACAUAAAAGUCUUGUUUUUAAAGUAAAGUUUUUUUCCUCUGAUAACCUACCAUAGAAUAUUGUACAUAUGGUUUUGAAUAAAGUUUUCACUAAUCAAUAUGGGGGACUGAUCAAAUUGUAAUCAAAUGAAAUCCUAUGCAAAUUUUGAAUUAGCAUCCACACUGGUAGGAUAUUCAGUAUGGCAGCCAUAAAACCCGUGAUGGAGAAUGUGUGCUUCUUUUGCUUGUUAAGUGUUUUAUUUUUCUACAGGAUUACUUGUGUGGUGUAAAUAUUUCACAUCUGAAUAUUUCUCUCAGCUUAAUUCUAAUAAAAUAAAUCUUUGUUA